AUGUCUUCAUACAAUCAAGAAACCCGCCUUGAGAUUGAGAUCUCUUGGAACCACCCCGCAACUAGUACCCAACAUGCAGAAACAGUCAACGCACUCCUAGACAGCGGAACAGAGGACUGGGUUAUGUCCUGGAACUGUGUCCACCGUCUCAAGAUCCCAACUCAACCUCGACCCAAGCCCCUCAUCAUCAGACAGGCUGACGGUACCCCUAUGCCUAACUCCGGCACUUACAUCACCCAAUCUCUUACCCUCCGUGUCGGCAACCAUCUAGACAGAGACAUCGUCUGUGAGGUUGGCUCAUUCGCAGGAGAAGACCUCGUCAUACCACAUCGAUGGCUCAAGGAGCAUCAACCUACCAUACAUUGGGGACAGAACAAGGUCACCUUCGACAACAUCAAUUGUCAAGUGAAGGGAUGCUUCAGGACCAUGUAUGAUAUAUACGAAGAAGACCCAGAAGAGCUAGUCAUCAGGCUGUUGAGGUCGUCACCCGAGACACAGAUGAUGAUCGAGCAACACCCCUUCUGGGCAAGGGCAUUGGUAGGCGAGACUCUCGCUAGUGCUAUACCGAUGGAGUACCAGGACUUCGUCGACGUCUUCUCUAAGGAGGGAGCAGAUCGACUACCUGAUCACUCUGAAUGGGAUCACACCAUUCCCCUUAUGGAAGGAAAGCAGCCCCCAUGGGGACCGAUCUAUGCGCUCUCCCCAGUGGAACAAAAGGCACUCCGAGAGUACUUGGACGAAAUGCUAGCCUCUGGCAAAAUAGUCCCCUCCACCAGUCCGGCAGCAGCACCGAUCCUGUUCGUGAAGAAAGCCAAUGGAAAACUGAGGUUAUGCGUAGACUUUCGUGGCUUAAAUGCUAUCACGGUCAAGAAUCGCUACCCCCUUCCACUCAUGACAGAGUUGGCCGAUUCGACGAAAGGAGCAGAGUUCUUCACUAAGAUCGACCUGAAAAAUGGCUAUAACUUGAUUAGGAUUGCUGCUGGCGAGGAAUGGAAAACAGCUUUCAGAACGAAGUACGGCCACUUUGAAUAUAGGGUAAUGCCCUUCGGUUUAACCAACGCACCGGCGUCGUUCCAGGUCAUGGUCAAUACCAUAUUCAAGGAUCUUUUAGAUCAAGGCGUAGUAGUCUACUUGGAUGAUAUUCUAAUAUAUUCAAAGACUAAGGAAGAGCAUACGACUCUUGUGAGGAAGAUAUUGGGGCGACUGCAACAAAACCAUCUAUACGGGAACCUCGAGAAAACGGAAUGGUACAAACAGGAGGUAGAAUUCUUGGGAUUUGUACUAUCAGGGAAAGGGAACCAGGUUUCGCCUAAGAAGGUGAAGGCAAUCACGGAAUGGUUACCACCCACUAAGGUCAAGGAACUCCAAUGUUUCCUCGGAUUCGCCAACUUCCUACGACGGUUCAUCCACAGGUACUCCGAAGUUUGCCGACCAAUGACCGAUCUCCUGAAGAAAGGUUCCGUAUGGCGAUGGAGCAGUGAACAGCAAAGUGCUUUCGACGAACUCAAGGAGAGAUUUACGUCUGCCCCAAUACUACGACACUAUGACGAACACCGUGAAGCGAUCAUAGAAACUGACGCGAGUGACUGGGCAGAGGCCGCGGUACUCUCUCAGGUGUUCGAGGACGGUAUUCUACACCCGGUAGCUUACCACUCUCGCAAGUUCAACGAGGCAGAGGUAAACUACGAGAUCUAUGACAAGGAGAUGCUCGCUAUAGUUUCUGCCCUCUUGACUUGGAGACAUUGGCUGGAAGGAACGGACAUUCCUAUCCAGAUACAUUCGGAUCAUCAGAACCUACAGUACUUCACAACGACCAAGAAGUUGUCAAGAAGACAAGCCAGGUGGGCCGAAAAGAUAGCACCUUUUCGCUUCAGGAUUCAUUACCGACCAGGCGAAAAGAAUGGCAAGCCAGAUGCACUCACAAGGCGCCCAGAGUUCGCUAUGGAAGGGGGAGUAAUGCGUGAACAACCCGUAAAACAGUUGCUCAGCGCAGAACAAUUUGUCAGAAAAUCACGGACCAGUGUAGAAACUGGCCCUGAAAUCAUUGGCAACCCCGAAGAAGGAUGGAUUCCGUUGGAUCAGUGGUACGACAUACCAGGUACUGAGCUGCCUCAGCCACUACAAGACUGGUAUGAACAGGACAGACAAUGGGUUCGGAGAGUGUUCCUGGAUGAACCUCUCCCUGAUGCAAACCUUGAAGUCUUCGGGACAGAGGAAGCUGAUGCCGUAAUAACGGAGCUUGCCACUGAGUGGACCCCGGGAUCGAAUGAGGCCACCCACGAUGGUCGUUGGGUAGUGCCAGGAUACGCGGUCAGACAAGUCAUCGAGGAUCAUCAUGACAGACCCGUAGCAGGGCAUCUAGGAAGGGAUAAAACCCUUGAGUUGAUCGAUAGGAACUACUGGUGGCCAGGAAUGUCCACGGAUGUAGCCAACUUCGUCAAGACUUGCGACGUGUGCCAGAGAGCCAAGCAACGUCGGAGACACUUGUCACUCCCUCAACCCCUAGAGUUAGCCACCACACCUUGGACUGAUAUCUCAAUGGAUUUCGUAGUAGAAAUGCCAAAGGAGAAAUCAGGAUUCCGUAACGUAUUGGUGGUCGUGGACCGUUUUACGAAAAUGGCUCACUUCAUUCCAAUGACGGGAAUCAACGCGGAACAGACCGCUAACGCCUUUGUCAAGGACAUUUGGCGCUUUCACGGACUUCCUAGGAGCAUUGUCUCUGACAGAGGAACCCAGUUCGUGUCGGCAUUCUGGGCUGCGAUCACAGAACGACUAGGGAUUCGUAGGAGACUCUCGACCUCGUUCCACCCACAGACGGAUGGACAAACAGAAAAGACCAACCAGCACCUCGAAUCCUACAUCCGGGCCUAUACCGCAGGAACAGGGAAGAAAUGGAAGGACCUACUACCGAUCUGCGAGUACGCAUAUAACAAUGCAAAGCACUCGUCAACUGGACAGUCACCGUUCUAUUGCAACUAUGGUUUCCACCCACGAACAGACUGGCCAACGGACGCGAAAAUCGGACAGCUGGAUGAUAAGGGAAACACCUACCUGGAAGACCUUCUCCUAGCCCACGAGUCAGCGAGAGACACGCUGCAAAAGACUUUUGACAGGAUGGCGUCAAGGCCAGGGCCAGCAGUUCAGCGGUUCACAAUCGGUCAAAAGGUCUUGCUGGAUACUCGGAACCUCGGUGGUUACAAUAAAUGGUCGGACAAGUUUACAGGCCCCUUCGAGGUUGCCGCGGCUGUAGGAAAUAGGGCUUAUAGAUUGAAUCUUCCGGCAGAAUGGAAGGUUCAUGACGUAUUCCACGAGAUGUUGCUGAGACCUUAUCGAGAGGACCCCAACCCGGGCAGGCAGCAGAAUACACGAAAACGACUAGCAACACCCGACCCUCAAGAGGCACUCUUAGAUGAGAACUUCAAACCGGUCACCAACACUCGGCCCCAUACGCGGAGCCAAGGGCCCGUCACCAACUCGAGACGACCUCUGAAACGACAGCGGACUAGGGAAGACUAG